UUUGUUUGCUAGAAUGUUCCACUGCUUAGCCAGGCAUGCUCAAAUAUCAGGUGAAUAAUGUUUGUUGAGUGACAGGAUGGUGGAGUAGGAGCAGACAAGCCUGCUAUCACUUCGGCAUCUGCCCCAGGUGAUUUCACUGGGUCUCAUGCUCUUCCUCUUUUUAGUCUCAGUUUAUUCAUCUGUAAACUGAGGGGGUGGCCUCAGGUAGUUUGAUUUCCCUUCACAUGUAAGCAGUCUCAAAGUCUACAUGACUUCUCAGGCCUGGGGUCUGAAUUAAAAAUCAAGAUCCUUGUUUAAACUUUUAAAAAGUAUUCUAGCAGAGAACUAGAAAAAGUAUUCUAGUAUUUGAGCCCACCAAUAUCUCUAUAAUCUAUUUAAGUUAGUGGAUCGAAUCCAGCAAAAAAGAAAGAUAGUCUGACUGGAUAAUUUGACUUUCAAAGACAUUUCCCAAUCUUCUUAUGUAAAGGUGUGGCAGAAAGAUAAAGAAUGGAAUUCUGGGAAAAAGUUGUCUUCAUCCAUAGAAACCUUUAGAGGAAGAAUUGGUGACAGACCCUGGGAGCAGCUGGGAACCUGCCACCUCACUUGCUGGCCAUACCGCCAUGCAUUCUUGGGUAGCCAUCUCAAGCUUCAUACUGCUUCUGACAGAUGCUGUAGUUUCUGAUGCACAAGUGAGUGGAGUGGUGGGUCAGCCUGUCACACUGCCCUGCACCUACUCAACAGCUAAUGGAGUCACAACCAUGUGCUGGGGCCGAGGCACAUGUCCUAGUAAUCUAUGCUCAGACGAACUUGUCUGGACUGAUGGAACCCAUGUCACCUUUCAGAAGCACACACGUUAUAAGCUGGAGGGAGACCUUUUGGAAGGGAAUGUGUCUUUGACCAUAGAGAAUGCAGCCCAGGCUGACAGUGGCCAGUAUUGUUGCCGUGUUGAGCACCGAGGGUGGUUUAAUGAUAUGAAACGCACCUUAUCAUUGGAGAUAAAGCCAGCUGAGGUCACCCGUGUUCCAACAUCACCUAGGGUUUUUACCUCUGCUCCUCCAAUGCCUGCACCCACACAGAGCCUCCAACCAGUUGCCACUUCAUCUUCACCAGUGCAGACAGCAGAAACCCAGCCUACCACACUGCAGGGAACAAGGACUCUGCAACCUACCAAUUCACCACUGUUCUCUUGUCCAACAGAUGGCAGUGGCACUGUGACACAGUCUUCAGAUGGCCUUUGGCAUAGCAAUCAAACUCACGUGUCCUUGGCACAAAAUCCAUGGAUGAUCACCAGUAAGGGACUCUACAUUGGAAUUUGUAUUCCUGCUGUGGUAUUGCUCAUUUUUUUGGUUGCCAUAAUCACCAAAAAAUAUUUAUGCAUGAGAAACAAGCUGGAGCAACUAAACAUGGUUUCAUUGAAUGACCCUCAGAUUGGAGCUUUGCAAGGUACGGCUGAAGUGCGUGUCCGAGCAGAAGACAAUAUCUACAUUAUUGAGGACAAUGUUUACGUCAUGGAGUAAGACAUGGAAUGGCCCUGUAAGGCCUUAUGCCCUUGACUGUGGAACAGUGACCAGCUAUCACCAUGUCAGAGGCCUUUGAAGCUCCAGAAUGAUUUUUCUGUCGAUUUCACAUGCAUUCGAACACACCAACGAUGUUGAGUAGAGUGACUCUAGCUCAACUGUGUACAGUCAACCUCACUUGGUAAUACAGUCUUAAUUUUUUGUACUAAA